AUGACACGGCACGGUAAGAAUGCAACAGCCUCAUCGGUCUAUUCGUAUUCGGAACGCAAAAAAGAUGCAAAGGAAUCCGGCUAUGGUACGCUGCAUCAGAGAUUGGGUGCCGAUUCGAUCAAGGAAUUCGAUUGCUGCUCGAUCACUUUACAACCGUGCAGGUUAAAGAAAGAAAUUGCUCGAAAAUUGAAAGAAUGGGAAAAGCAGUGCCAGAAAGAAGCUGAAGAAGCGGAACAAGAAAAACGCCUGGACGAGGAACUGAAGCUGAAGAAAUUCCGAGAGAUGGAAAGUACUCCGGCACAUCCGUCAGUGAAAAAACAAGAUUCUAAGUUUAUUUCGCCGACCCCGUCAGCUGGUGCCACUCCUUCGGGAGCAAAGGUUAACAAACGCAAAUUGCUGGACGGUGAAGGAGGACCGAGCAGUAGCAAACAGCCGAGAGAGGAGAUUUCAAAUGUUGCUGGCGAUAAGAUACAUGAAUACCCCAGUUUUUGGAUACCCCAGCUCAAUCCGACAGCUGAGGUUAAAAUCGAAAAACCGGAGUUAAUGCCAGUGAAAUUUACGGUAAUGCCUGAUGGCAGUGAUAAGAAAAGUCUUAUUGCGCGAAAAAUUCGCUAUAUGUGCCCGUGUGUUGUUACAAUGGAAUGCGUAGAAAAAAUUAUCAGGAAAGAGAUGAUCGAUCCAGUAAAUGGAAAACCAUUGAAAGAGGACGAUAUCAUUGAGUUACAACGAGGAGGAACUGGUAACUAA